GUAAAUAUAUACAUACGGCUUUGUGUCCUUUUUUCUUCCACAUAAUAAUCACAAUUAAUCAGUAGAAUUUAAGCAUUGUAUUACUGGUGUUAUAAAACGCAAAUCCUUAAGUUUAGAGCCGUGAAUAUUCUAACUAAUGCCCCUGGGCAAUUUCCUGCCUUACUAAGUGAUAAUAAUUAAAAGUUUAUGCUUUUUAAUUACGACUCGGCGUUUAUUGCUCAGGGUUACAUCAUUUUCCAAAAUUAUUAAGUGAAAAGGGGAAUGUGGCCACAUUUGUCAUCCUAACUGGAAAAACAUCCUUCGUGAAGGUGAAUUAACCCCAUAUGACCUCACUGUCUGACUACUCGACAUUCCUUCAAUGAACCCGCUUCAAAGCUUGACUCUGCGGUCUGUUUCUAAAGUACACAUUCAGUGAGUUAACUAGGCGUUAACACUUUCUGCUCCGCGGUUCAGGCGGGGCGUAUUGAAUCUUCUAUCUAUCUGCUUGUUUCUGCGUUUUGUAUUUGGAGGGUAGGAGGAGCCGCUUUUCCUGCGAUUGUCUGCCGCCCUCCCCACCUCCCCUCUUGCUCUCUUUCCCUCUCUCGCUUUCUAAAGUUGAAUAUUCCGCUUUGCCUGGGAGCUGUCGCCAGCGGAGCGGCGCAGCUGACUUGCUCUGAGUCUGGCCGACAGACGGAACGCUCCGUGGGCCGGCGUUUUGGAGUUUUUUUUUACGCGGAGUCCCCAGCAGAACGAAAGGAGUCAUUCCCAGUAUCCAGUCUAGCGUUUACAUCCAUUCCUAUAUUUUUCCCACUCUAAAUCAUUUCGGGAUACUUCCAAGAUGUCACAGGAACAGAGCGUCGGGCAAGUAAAGCUGGUAGGUGUCUGAGACCCCUCCCCUCGUCCCUCGGAGGUGUCAGACUCUGUCUUGGUGUGAAAGUGGGGCUCAGCUCUGUGGAUGCGCUCACACACACGCAGGCGGAAAGGCGCCCGGGAAUAGAAACAGGAGCUGGUGGUUAUUUUUUCCCCACUGUCAGCGGGGAUUUUUCUUUAACUUGACGCGUCUGGCUUUAUGCUUUUCUCGUGAGUGGACCCCAGUCGAAAGCGUAUGAUCAUGUUUGAGGUAACUGGCCAGCUUCCGUGGGAUUUGAUGUCACCUUUAGAUUGGUUUAACUGAAGAUGGAAACACUGGAGUCUGAGCUGACGUGCCCGAUCUGCCUGGAAUUGUUUGAAGAUCCUCUGCUUUUGCCCUGUGCCCACAGCCUCUGCUUUAACUGUGCCCACCGCAUCCUUGUGUCUCACUGCUCUACCAGCAAGCCCCUUGAGUCCAUUUCGGCCUUUCAGUGCCCCACGUGUCGUUACGUCAUCACGCUGAAUCACCGCGGCCUGGAGGGCCUUAAGCGCAAUGUGACGUUGCAAAACAUCAUUGACCGCUUCCAAAAGGCCUCCCUCAGUGGCCCCAACUCCCCCACUGAAAGCCGGCGGCUGCAGACGCAGCGGCCCUACACUGCCACCAUUAGCGGCACGAUAGCUGGAACAAUUGGUGGCGGCGGCGGUGGAACAGGUGGAGGAAGUGCCCGCAGCAGCCCAGCCACUUCCAGCCACUCCCACCUGCACGCCAACCACACAAACGCAAACCACAGCCCAGCUGUUGUGGCAAAAAUGGAUCCACGAAUCAGUUGCCAGUUCUGUGAACAGGAUCCUCCACGUGAGGCUGUUAAGACGUGUGUUACGUGUGAGGUGUCGUACUGCGACCGAUGCCUGCGUGCAACACACCCAAACAAGAAGCCCUUCACCAGCCACCGCCUGGUGGAGCCAGUACCAGACACUCACCUCCGGGGCCUGACCUGCCUGGAACAUGAGAACGAGAAGGUCAACAUGUACUGCUUGGUGGAUGACCAGCUUAUCUGUGCGCUCUGCAAGCUGGUGGGCCGUCACAGAGACCACCAGGUGUCCUCACUCACAGAUCGCUUUGACAAGCUUAAGGCUUAUCAGGUGAGCCCGGGCAGAGUGUCAGAUGCAGUAAUGGAGGCUUCAAAGACAAGCGCUGCGCAAACUCUAGAGAACAACCUGACCAACCUGGUGAAGAGGAACAGUGAACUGGAGAAUCAAAUGGCCAAGCUCAUUCAGAUCUGCCAGCAGGUUGAGGUGAAUACAGCUAUGCAUGAAGCAAAGCUGGUGGAGGAGUGUGAUGAGCUAGUCGAGAUCAUCCGCCAGAGAAAACAGGUCAUCGCUGUCAAGAUCAAAGAGUCCAAGGUGAUGAAACUGCGUAAGCUGGCUCAGCAGAUUGCAAACUGUCGCCAGUGCUUGGAGCGCUCCAGCGCCCUCAUCACCCAGGCUGAGCAGAGCCUGAAGGAGAACGACCACACGCGAUUCCUCCAGUCGGCCAGGAACGUGGCAGAGAGGGUAGCGAUGGCGACAGCGUCCUCCCAGGUACUUAUCCCAGAUGUGAACUUGAAUGAAGCGUUUGAUAACUUCGCUCUUGACUUCUCCCGGGAGAAGAAGAUAUUAGAAGGUCUAGACUACUUAACAGCACCCAACCCACCGUCCAUCAGGGAUGAGCUGUGCACCGCCUCCCAUGACACCAUCACUGUUCACUGGACAUCAGAAGACGAGUUCAGCGUCACUUCCUAUGAGCUACAGUACACCAUCUACACUGGUCAGACAAAUUUCAUCAGUCUGUACAACUCUGCAGACAGCUGGAUGAUUGUACCGAACAUCAAGCAGAACCACUACACGGUGCACGGCCUGCAGAGUGGCACCCGUUAUAUCUUUUUUGUCAAGGCUAUCAACCAGGCAGGAAGUCGCAACAGUGAGCCGGCCCGCCUCAAAACCAACAGUCAGCCAUUCAAGUUAGACCCAAAGACGGCACACAAGAAGCUCCGUCUAUCAAACGACUGCCUAACCAUGGAGAAAGAUGAGAGCUCGCUCAAAAAGAGCCACACACCGGAGCGGUUCAGCGGCACCGGUUCGUAUGGAGCUGCCGGGAAUGUUUUCAUUGACAGCGGGUGCCACUACUGGGAAGUGCUACUGGGAGCAUCCACAUGGUAUGCCAUCGGCGUGGCUUACAAAUCAGCCCCAAAAAACGAGUGGAGUGGCAAGAAUUCAUCCUCGUGGGUGUUGUCACGCUGCAACAACAACUUCAUUGUGCGGCACGACGGUAAGGAGAUGCUGGUGGAGGCGAGCCUGCAGCUGCGGCGACUCGGUGUCCUCCUGGACUACGACAACAACUCGCUGUCCUUCUACGAUGCCAUGAAUUCCCAGCACAUUCACACUUUCGAAAUCUCCUUCCUCCUUCCUGUUGUACCCACUUUUAUGAUCUGGAACAAGUCAGUCAUGAUUCUCUCAGGACUGCCUGUCCCAGAUUUUGUCGAUGGGGUGGCUUCAGAUCUCCAAGAGCAACAGCAGCAAAUGGGCCUGUGCCGACAGGAAUCGCCGUACUUGACGGGGAUGAAAACCUGCCACUGACUAAACUCGUGACAGAAGAGUGGAUUAGGACAUGACAGACAUUGACGGCUUGACUGAGCUUUGCUCUGAUCCUCAAGGAAAGGGUUACUGUCUUAGGAGUGUUGGAAAAAUGUUACUAAUGUUAGUUUGUAGACACUCUGUGUUUUGCAUAUUCAUUUAGUUUAUAGGAAAGAUCUCUUUCACUGAAAAGAUCAAUAUGUGUUAAGUUCAUUAAAACACCCUGCAGUCACUGUCAAAGACAGCUUUGGUCUGUCAUUGAGAAGGGUGGGAUUGCUGGUUUUCAGUACCAUUGUAGGUCUCUCUUUUUUUUUUUUCUUCUUCUUUUGACAGCCCUAGGCAGGAGAGCAAGGUGAAAAUUCUUUCAAAUCUAAAGUUGCAACAAAGGAACACGUUGCCACUCUAAUUAAAUCUCACAAAUCAAUUGAAUUUAAUCAGAAGUAUUUUUAUUUUUAUUUUGAGCUUUUUGUGUAACAUAAGAAAAUACAUUAGCGUAGUACGUACAGGUGCAUCUCAGUAAAAUAUAAAAUAUUUAGAAUGAAUCUAGAUACAGAAAUGUAUGCCUCAUCCUGGGGAGGUGAGUGGCAUAGGGAUUCAGUGGGUGCCCUAUACACGAAGGCUGUUAUCAACACAGUCUUCUGGGGUUCAAUUCCCAACUUUGCGGCCUUUGCUGCAUGUCUCCUCGGUUCUCCAUCUGGCCAAUUUAUCUCAUUACCUGGAAUAAAACCCACGAGCACAAUUGUUAAAACAUUUAGAAAAAUUUAUUUUGCCCUUCCUAAACACCACAGAAUGAAGGUUCAAGUUGAAAGUUUUGUUCAGUUGCCAAAUCAUCACUGUGGAAGCUUUAGAGGGGAGGUCAAUAAACUUAUUCUGAUUUUAGAGUUUAUUUUAAAAAGAGACUUCAGACCACUGAGUAAAAGUCCAGUUCUUUUUCUCCUUAGCCCAGGUAAGGUCCAUCUGAGGUUGUCUGUGGUUCAGGAAUGGCUUAGUACAAGGAGUGUACCAGUUGUAGCCCAUAUCAUGGAUACAUCUAUGUAUGGGGGCUCCUCACUCCAGUCACAAACUCUUUAGUGGGCUUUUCUUCACAAUCCUUGCAGCUACCCUUGAUUCUUGGGUACUUUUUUCACCAAACUUUUACCUUCCAAUCAACUUCCCAUUAAUAUGGGAGGAUACAGCGCUGGCCUUUCAGGGCUUACCCUCCUUGUGGAGAAUGUCUGCUGGGCAAUUGUCAAGCCAGCAAUCUUCUCCCUGAUUAAGUAGGCCCUAACAAAAUGUCUCUGGUUUGACCUGUUGUUGUCUAUUGCUUCCAUUUCCCCUUAAACCACUCCCUGUCCUAAUGCGGCUUAGAUGGAAUUUGUACCCCACCAAUGCUGGUUGUUGCAGAUUUUACACACACCAAAGAUAAUUGUGAAAGUAAAUCUGCCACCAUCUAGCAGUCGCUAUUAAGCCCAAUUAAACCUAAUUUCACUCAUUUAUAUUCUAAAUACCUAAAUUUAUAUCUAUUGUAGGUGCUAUAUUAAAAUUUGCAAUCUCUUAUUGAGAGCAAAUGCAAAUAUAUUUUAAUUCAAUUCUUUAUAUAUAAUUGUAAAUACAUUCAGGCAGUAAAGGGUUUGAAAUACUUUUUUUUGUCAUGUUUUAAUUUGCCGUUAGAUGUAAUCAUUAAAAUAUAUAACUAUAAAUAUAUCACUAUGUGAAUUCAAUUUUUGAUUUAGAAUACAUGAAUAAAUUCCCUUGUCAAUGAUAAUGUAAUUCAUUGAGACACACCUGUACAGUACAGCUCAGAACAUAGACAUAUACUUCCACAUUUUAGUCCAAAAUUACAAAAUGUUCUAUUUUGUUUUUAUAUUUUUCAGGAUUUGGACGCACAUUUCUUAAGAUUACAAUUUGCUUGUAAAUACUUGAUGGUUUCUGUGUCCUUGGUAGCUGUUUUACUCAAGCCUUCUACUUGUUCUUCCUCCUACAUGGUACCCAUCAGCCCCGUUUGUGUGAAUGGGUCCAAACUUUCAGUCACCGGGAAGCGUUAACGUUGCUCCCAGGUUUUGUUUCUACAUCGCAGGGAGCAGAUUUGCAUCAUGUGACCACUCUUUUUGUAAGAUGAGAGACCUAUUGAACACAAGAGAACAAAAGUAUUAUUUAUUAGUAAGAAGGAUGAUUUAUCUUUAUUUUAAAUUUACUAAUAUUCAUGAUGCACUUUUGAACUUGACACCACUUGCCCUCUGUGUUGUAAAGUAGUCCUAGAACUGAGUGGCAGGUUGUAAUGGGCAAAAUAGGUGACAACAAAACACUGUGUUAAAUUAUGUUUACCAUUAAGUCAAAUAUGGUGUCGCAAAGUGCGAUAUUGUUGCAAAGGCAAAACAAAAAGAUCAUUAAUUCUUUAUUGCACUUUUAAUAGCAUACAGUAAAGUUAACCUCUUUGGAAACUAGAUGUGAUUAUGAUAUUCAAGGAUUUUCUUUGUUUUAUCUAGGUGGUGAUAAACAGCUUCUUUUUUAAACUUUCACUCAGACGUUGAAUUUCCAGGGCUGAAGAUGGUUAACGCUUGCUGUUUGUUUCAGUGUCAUGGCAUGACUGUGUUUUCUGCCACAUACAUGCAAAUUUCAACACCAACACAUACUGUUCUGUUCGGGUCGUGAACAAUGCAUGCAACAUUAUCAGAUUACAGGGGCUCACUGGGAAAUGUUUGUAAGUUCUACAAAUUCACCAAGUUUAUUUUCAUUAUUUAGCAGAUUAACACCUAUUUUUCUUCACUUUUCACAUUUAUUUAUAGCUCAAGGUGUUCAGUUUUGUUAUUUCUGUUUGGAUUUCAAGGCUUAGUGUGGGUGAUGGUUUUCUCUGGUUUAACAUUCAGGUAGCGGUGCUGAUCCAGACAAUCAAAAGUGUAUUAUACUGUAGUUUAGGCAGAUUAAAGAGGCUGCAUGGAUGAAAAAGCUGACACGAACUGACACUGGAUGUUGGGUAAAUGAAAUAUAUAUGUAGUCUUUUAAAACUGACUCACACCGUAUGAGCAUUUUGCAUUGACUGUCAUGAAGCAUUUCUAUUCUGGCAGUUUAUGAUGUCACUGUCUCCGAAAGGCUGUGAUGCAGAAAUCAUUUGCUAUUUCAUGUAUAAGAGGCUUUAAGUUGAUUUUAAAGAACCACGAAGAUCCAGCAGUUUACUUCUCAGCUGUGCAUGAGCUGUCAGAAUUGCACGGGUUCAGCAUUGAAAGAAGGCCCGAUGGUUACAAAUGACUUACUUUAAAUACAACAGAGUGGGAAUUCUGUCAGGCUAUUGCUAAAUUUCCUCUGCUUACAAAUAUCUAUCGGUCUUGUUGAAUGAUGCCCAUCACAGACAUGUUGAUUUUGGGAAGACAAGCUGAACUGUGCGAAUGUGUGGACUUGGCUGGGUCACCGCAUGAUUAUGUGACCUUGCUGCAGGUUCGUAACACUUUUCUUAUCUACAUGAUGAGGUUUCCUAUCGAAUCAAACAUACAAUCUCUGUUUAUAAAUUUUUUAUGGCAAAAAAGAAACAACUACACAAAGCUGUCAUCGCCGUGCAUAUCAGAUUGUUUGCAGUGCUUUUUUUCCGUGUCACAAGUCAAUACAGUAAAGUAUGUUUACGGUGAAUGACUUUCAAUAGCUACCCACUCCUUGUAGUGCCGUGUUUAUACCCUAGAAACAAUGCAAUAUAUUCUUCAUUUUGCUUUCUUUUUCUGUAACUUUGGGAUUUUCUUUUUAUUUUAUUUUUUUUGUACAACUGAAAAGAAAAGUGCUCCUCUCCUUCAAGGCACUGGGACCUUAAAAAAACAGCACAAAAAGAGCAGUUUUGCCUUCAUGCAAUGCUUUCUGUAUCCAUAGAUAUAUCUGAGAUACUUUUAGCCAGAGAGGAAUGUAAAUCAGAGGGGGAAAUAUAUAUUAUAUAAAGUUGUAUAAUGUAUAAAAAAUAUAUAUGAACCAAUGUUAUUUAUGUGAAUUUGAGUCCAAUAAAAAGUUUGAUCCCAAAAAUGUA